AAAAAGUCUCAACGGUGAUAUCACCUCAACAGCAAUGGGAAAAGAGAAGUGGCCCAAACCUGGGAUUUUCAGCACACUCCACGGUAUGCAGCGGCUGCGCAUAUUCCAUAUAUAGAAGGAAAGUGUGCACGUUACUCUAGGUGUCCUAAAAGUAGAUUUAUCAUCAGCUUUUACUCUCCAUCACAUACUCAUCUGAAAAGCCCACUGUUUUCCGUAUAAAAGGUAAUUUCCCUAUGGAAAGCUUCUAACCGAGUAGAGUUUAGAGCAGUUUCAGGGUUGUUUCCCAUCUCCAUAAAUCUGACCAUAGGGGUCUCUUGAAAGAAAAUUGCUAAGAAUUUCCAACUGGACUAUGUAAUCACAGCGCCUGGUAUCAAGAGGAGGGGGAGUGACAUGAAAUCACUGACUUGUGACAUACAUUCCUCAGCAACAGCAGCUGCUGCCUAAUGACAGCUAAUAAAGGGAAUCUUCCCUUGACAGAGCUGCAUGCCUGCAGUGGGACUGGAAUGUGCCCCAGAUAAACCCACUGAUAACCUAGGAAGCAGAGAUCACACCCAAAGAGUAUAAAAGACAAGCUUCGGAAGGGAGAGGAUAGGACAAGGAAGAGAGAGACCUGAAGAGACAUCUCAGAAGAAACAGCUUGAACUUCCCUAUUCCCAACGAACCCAGCGCCAUGGACGCUAAAGGCUCAUUUUCCUGUGGCUUCCUCUUGCUGUUGCUCAUCCAAUUUCAGUCCAGCAGAGCCAACCCCAUUUACAACCUCAGCCCUGCCAAAGAACUGGCCAGCAUGGAGGCUCUGCUGGAGAGACUGGAAGAUAAGUUUGCAAUGAUUGAAGCCCUGGACUCCAAUCCUGACCUCCAAGAACCCAAACCCCAGGAAGAGCUGCCAGCAGGACUCACAGAUGACAGUGAUGACCAGAAGGCUGAACCCAGGCUAGCACCCAGCACCCCUCUGUCCCACAGGGACUUCUUCCUCAAGAGACUGAGGGAGCUGCAGAUGCCCAGGAUGAUGAGAGAUUCUGGCUGCUUCGGGAGGAGAAUUGAUAGAAUCGGCUCCCUGAGUGGAAUGGGUUGCAAUGGUGAGUCCCGCCUAAACCAUCUUGCUGAAUCUGUGUCAUGCAACAAGAGAGGAGCAGGUUCUCAUUUAAGUCUUUAAUAAGACACAAUUUGAGAAAGGAAUUAA